AUGUUUACCGGAGAAGAAGAAGAAACUUGGCGGAAAAGCGCUCAGAUUUGAGUCGAAAAGCCACAGACUUUCCCCGGCGCUGGGUCAAACAGAACGGGUCGAUUAUGUGGUCGGUAGCCUGAGUAACGACGGGAAGGUGAGAGCUUAACCUUCAGCUGACCUCCGGUUCAUCCACCCCGGUGUCUCCACAGAUGCAUCAGUCUCCGUUCUCUGUGACUCCGGCCGCGUGUUUGCUGUCCAGAUGUGUCUCUGUGGGAGCCACGUCCCAGGAUGAAAUCGACUCGGCUUUUUCUGAGCCGAGUCCCGUUUUCUCGGCCCGCCUGUGUGAGGCAGAAGAGCUCAUCAGAAAGCAGAAGCGGCUGGAUGAGGUGCAGCUGCAGUUGGAGCUGUUGAAGGUGGAUGAACAAAGUGCUGACGUCGCCCAUGGAUUCCACCUCAGUCAGAAGAAUGAGAAGCUGCAGUUGCUUGGCAACCACCUCCUGGGCGUCCUGAGGGAGCACAAGGUUCUAAGACAGAGGCUGAUGCAGCCACUGGCUCGCACCAACCUGCCCGUCCUGGCUCACCUGCACGCCUCUGUGGUGGACUCCAUCAGGCUGAUGAUGGACUUCAUAGAGUGUCUGGAGGAGAAGCUGAGAUCUACCCACAACCGAACCACCAGCACCGACUCUCUCACCCUGCUGGAUAACUCGCUCACCGUCCUGCUGACUAUGGCUUCAGAAUCUGAGAUGUUGUUCCAGAGGAUUCAGCAGUGGAGGUCGAUCAGCUGCAGGCGCCCAGAAGCGUCUGAGGCACAGACUGGUUCUGAGCUGUCUGCUCCCUGAGGACUCUGUGGAGCCCCCUCUGAUGAAAACCAGCUGGAAUGAACCAGAAUAGCUUCCUUAAUUCCAAUGGACCUCUGUGUCCUCUUUCUCAUACUAUUGUAACCCAGAUUCUUCAGAUUUGAAUAAAGCACGCUUGAAUUAUACAUAA